CAUAAUCCCGUGCAACAAAAGCCGCCCAAGCUGACGACGUGGCCAAGGUACGGACCGGGGCGAUUCAAACGAGGCAGACCGGCUUUGUUUGUUGCUAGCUCAUUGAGGUGGAAUUCAUAUGCUUGCUGAAGUCUGUGUGAAACUUUUAAUUCAUCACUGAGUGUAACGAUGUCCGGGAAAAUCAAGAGCCGAAGUGCUGCAAACUCAGACUCGAUAACCGGCGGUGUGUCCUGCGAUGAGCGCAUCUUGCGGGAUUGUCAUCAACUGUACACGGAUCCUGACAGCGGGUUGAUCCCAGUGGCCGAAUCUGUUGGUGUGAAGUUGCUGCCGCCCAGAAAAAAGAUCACUGUGCUGCUGAUGGGGAACCACUCUGCUGGGAAAAGCUCCUUCAUCAACUGGUACGUGGAAGAGCACAUCCAGCGCACUGGAGUAGCUAUUGAGACCCAAGGCUUCAGCUUUGUUACAAGUGGACGCAAGAGAGAGUCUCUCACAGGAAAUGCCACCCUUCAUCUGUAUCCACACUUCAAACCUCUGCAGGAGUUUAAAGGUGUCUCAGAGUACUUGAGCACAGAGAUCUGCACAUCUCGACAGAAACGGUUCAGCUUGGUGACGUUUGUUGAUUCGCCGGGCUUGGUGGACGGCGAUAUGAAGUAUCCAUUUGACGUGGACGAGGUCAUCCUGUGGCUGGGUGAUCUUUGUGACCUAAUUCUGGUCUUCUUUGACCCCAUGGGUCAGGCUCUGUGCAAGCGCACCCUCAACAUUGUGGAGAGCCUGAAUGAAAAGCACGGAGACCGGCUGCGGUUUUACCUGAGCAAGGCUGACGAGGCCGGAGGAGAGUCGGACAGACAGAGGGUGAUGAUGCAGAUUGUCCAGGAGCUCUGCAAGCGGCCGGGACUGAACAAGUGUGGGUUUGACAUGCCCACCAUCUACAUUCCUAAUCCAAAUAAGCCAAGCCGCUGCAUCAACCAGAUCGAGGAGGUUUGUCGCACCAUCGAGAAAACUAUCAACCAAACGGUCCAAAACACACUCAACUCCCUGGAGAGGGACUGCGAGCUCAUUGUUGAGGCUGUCACAGACAAGCUCAUUAAUGACAGGCAGACCACUGUUGAGAACCGACGCGCACGCUGCAAGAGCUGCUUCCUGACUCUGCUGGGCUUCAGCGUCCCUCUGGCUCUGAUGGCGUUUCUGUUGCUGGGCGUUCUGUCCCAGGACCUGCUGGAUGCGGCUCUGGGCCAAGAGGGUACAGAGGCACUCUCCCUCUACCUGAUGCCCGCGGUGAAAAUAUUUCAGUCCCUGUCUGUGGAGCAGCAGCUUUAUGGCUGCGCUGGGCUGGUGCUUCUGUCCUUCCUCCUGCUCAUCAUUGCACGCUUCACCUUCAGAACUCAACCCACUCUAUCGACCAAACAGAAAAGGCAGCUACAGGAGAAGCUGGAGUACGUGCAGGAGGUGGUCAAGACCAAAAAGAAAAAGCUGUAUGAAGACUACCUACGCCAGAGUGUCAGCGAUCACGACAUGGGCUUGUAGGGACGCAUGCACGCAGAUAUCUUCACUGUCACGAAGGACUAGACGAUCACUUUCCAAGAUUCCACACCAGCCUCCGUGCUCUGCAGAACACUUGGUGGUGAACCAUCCAAGUUGUGGUGCUGUGAACUGUGAAGCCACUUUACCCAUUAGAUGAUGUUACCUCUGUUAUAUUAAAAAAAGCGGUUAAACCACACACUACCUGCAGAUGAAAUGAGCUUUUGUUACUGAUCACUUCUUCGUAAACAUUUUAUACACAUGUAUCAGUGCCUCUUCUCUGAAAUGAUUUCAGGCUUAUACCACUUUAAGAUAUUUAAACAUUUCCAGACUAUUUAUAAUAUUUCUGUAUGAGACCUAAAGCACUGCUUUGUGUGAGUCACUUUCUAUGAGACACUGUUUCUGA